CCAAUCGCACGCGUCCGAUCGUCUCUCGGCUUCAUCCGUUCGCUACCCACCUAAUCAUCGUCGUUCGGUCUCCCUCCCCAACUCCUCCGCCUUUCCCCAUUUGCUCACCCAUGGCGUCGGCGGCGGCCGGAGGCGUGUCGGUUUGGCAUCAGCGGCCGUGCUUGCGGUGGCGGACUCCCGUUUCCUCCGCCUCCAACAAGGUGGCUUUCGUGAAGAAAACCGUAUCCUCCCAUGACAUCGUCAUCUUCUCCAAGUCCUAUUGCCCGUAUUGUAUGACAGCAAAAGCAGUUUUUCAAGAAUUGAAGAAGGAACCAUGUGUUCUGGAGCUGGAUGAGAUAGAGGAUGGGUCGGAAAUUCAAGAUGCACUGUCUGAUAUUGUUGGGAGGCGUACAGUCCCUCAAGUGUUUGUCCGUGGAAAGCACUUGGGUGGUUCUGAUGAUACUGUUGAAGCUUAUGAAAGUGGGAGGCUUCUGACUCUUCUUGGUAUUGGCUCAAAAGAUGAUCCGUAAAUAAUGCCCUAUGACUAACUUUUGGAAAGUUGGGAUAUGGAAGCAUUAAAUCUUACAUGACCUGCAGGUCUCUCUAAAACAAACUUAAUAUUUCGUGGACAUGAUUUUGAUGUUACAAACUAGGAUAUGAUGUUUCUUGGUUUGUUAUCUCUUUGUUUCUUGUGAGGUAUGCAUAUAUUCCGUCUUUACAGUUCAGAUUUCAUAUUAUGAUUUCCUUCCCAUUUA